UGGCCAAGAGCGACAGGACAGCGCCUUGAAGUCACCAAAGAGCCACGGGACUUGCUUAAUUUCUUUGAAAAAUAAUUAUUUGUAACAGAGUCCUUGUUUUCAGUUUUCUCAAUAACGUUCGGCGGAGCUUUUGGACUUUACAAAGAAAGGGAAAUAUUGAAUAGGCUUGAUCUUCUUUUCUUUCUGUCAUUUGGAAGCGCACAGGAUAUUUGCGGAAGAGCGCUAUACGCACCUUCAGUAUAAGUGUCUUUGGAGCUGCCAUUCAAGAUGACAGACAUCGUUUCAGCAAUGGAUACAGAGCCAAACUCCCCGGCGAGUGUCCUCGAACUAGAGUCAGAUCAGAGCCUCGGUUCUCCUAAGAGUCCACCACUGGACCUGAUUGACACAGGAAAAGGACUGAAGGUACAAACUGCAACCCCUCACCUGGUCAGCCUGGGCAGCGGAAGACUCAGUGUAGCCAUAACUCUACUACCUCUAAAGGAGGGAAUAACACGCAUAGGCCGUGAUGAUGCCCCUGUACCUCAGGACAUUGCUAUUGAGGGUCCCGGCAUUGAAGCAGAACACUGCAGGAUUGAGAACAGAGGAGGGGUCGUCACUCUUGACCCAUGUGGGCACCGGUGUUCACUUGAUGGAGUUCCUGUUACCAGGCCCACACAACUCACGCAAGGUUACACACUCUGUCUGGGUAAGUCCUAUAUCUUUCGCUUUAACCAUCCCGAGGAGGCCAACCGUAUGAAAAGCAUGCUGCCUCAGAAGAGUCCUGUCUCUCCGCUGGUCUACAGCACAGAUUAUCUGAAGUUCAGCAGCGACUUCAGUCAUUGUCUAGGUGGCUCUGGCUCUAGAGGGAUGCGCUCUGUCUCUGAACUGCGGGAUUUGAUGGACACUUUACAAAAAAAGAAGCAGGCAUUGGAGAAUAGUUUGCGAGCCAAUGGGGACUCAAGCCCAUCCUACUUUAGCAUGACGCAGUCUCCUCCCACCACACCCAAUCUGCUGUCACCCAUCACCACAUCCUCCCCAAUAUCCUAUCAAGAACAAACUCGCCGAUUGUACAACUCCGAAAGGCCACCACUUGCUGCCAAAGUACCAGCACAUUCAUCCAGCAGCAUGCCUCCAUCUCCUCGUCGUUCCGACCCUCGAGAGCGUGACGCAUCACUUCCUUAUUCUCGACCCAUGACGCAGAACCAAUCUCAGGAUAGUCUCCUCCUUAAUACACCAGACAGUCAUCGUGCUGGGACUUCAGGUUCAGCCCUCUCAAUGUGGAAUGGUUCAUCCACCGGUGUGACCAAUUCCCUCCCCACAACGCCAGUGGGCGGUAGUGGUGCAGCCAGCAUGCCUUCUAGUCCUCGUCUGUCUCGUAGAUUCCACACUCCAGAUGCAGGCCGCAAUGGAGGACUCGAACCCACUCCACGGCAAAGAAAGUACUCCGCUGGGUCACUUACAGGCAUGAGCUCGCACAGUCGCUCCCUACCACGCCUCUAUCGACCUGCCGACACUCAACUCACCCUCCCACCAAGCUAUCGGUCUCCUGAUGGCCAGCUUUCUCGCCCAACUGGCUCCAACCACCAGAAUGGUCAUUCUGAAUUAGUCUCGAUCUCGCUGUCCAAUAAACCUGGAACCAAACACACCGUAGCCCCACCAGAUGUCACCAUGACAUCGGGAGAAGCCACCAGCCCCCGCCAAGCCAAGAAGGUGAGUUUGACAUCCACCAGCUGCUACUCGGAAGUGGACAGGCAAGCCAUGCGUGGUCCCUCACCAGCUCUGGAGAUUGGUCUCGGGGAGAGAAGGCAGUCGUUCGGAAAGGCAGGCCUGGGUCCGCCAAGUGGCUUCAGGGAGAGAAAGGGCAGCAUCAGCUCUCUCAGUGGAAAGGAGGAGCUUCAAGACUACCAUCAGAGACAGAGGGAUGAAAGACUGCGGGAACAGGAAGUGGAGAGACUGGAACGUCAGCGUCUGGAGACUAUCCUUAAUCUGUGUUCCGGGCUGGGCCGUGCAGAGCAGGACAAAACUGGCUUGGCCGUCGCAGACUUGCAGAAGAUCAACAAGGAGCUGGAGAAAUUACAGGUGUCAGAUGAUGAGUCCACGUUCUCAGACUGUGCAAGUCUGUCAGCCAGCAUUUCUGCUGAAAACAACUAUGGGCUUAAAGCCCAGGAGACCCAGGCCAGCGAGGAGAGACAAGUACGGCAGCGCAAGAAUAGUGGACACAGAGAAGCCAAGGCGGAGAAAACCGCUGUCCUUGGCUCCGCUCCCACCCCUUCUCCUCGGCUGACACGGAUAAUAAAGCAGACUGCUGAGGAUGACACACAGCUGAAGCUGGACGUGAGACGUAUAGAGGAGGAGAGGAUCCAGGUCCUGAACAAUAUGGAAGAGUUAGAGCUGAAGAUCAAAGACCUGGACAACCAGAUGGAGGAGUCCAUCAGAGAGUUGGAAGUGGAGCGCGCUCUGUUGGAAGGCGAGCAGGAUUCGGAGAUGGCUCAGCUACAGCAGGAGAAAGACGCUCUGGAGCAACUGAAAGAGAAGAUGGCUGACAUUGAGAACAAAGCACAGACGGAAAAAUCUCAGGACAAAGCCAAGCUAGAUGCGGAGCAUGUAAAGUUAGAGCGACUGGCGCAUCUGCUUGCAGAGCAGAAGACUCAGUUGGACACCUGCCCCGAAGCCUUGAAAGAGCAACUUCAGCUGCAGCUCUGCAGGGAUGCAGAGACGCUAGAGGUGGAGACCAAGCGGUUUGAAGACCUAGAGUUUCAACAGCUGGAACGAGAGAGUCGUCAGGAUGAGGAGAAAGAGACUCAGACCCAUCAUAUUCUCAGGGAGAUCGCAGAACACCAGAGGAGCACCGUCACACGGAAGGAGAGGCUGCUGGCCCUGAAGAAACAGUACACCCAGAUUUCCCAGCAGGCUCAGAGGGACAAAGACAACUUUGUGAAGGAAAAGAACAAUCUUCAGAUGAUGCUGCGGCGGGAAAAGGAGAAUCUUGUCAGCUUGGAGAAGAAAUAUUCUGAGCUCACUGGGGCAUUGGGUUUCCCUGUCAGUCCCAUCAGUAUGAAGGAGGAUUGCUUCCAGUUGGCUGACGUGUGUCCACCUCAUAGUGAAUUUUGCCAUGCCCACAAAACCCUGUCUCCACUUCCUGCUGACCUCCUGAUGUUUUCUUCUCUUCUUUCCUCUCUGACUAUCAAAAAUGCUGAGGGCUAUGUUACAGUCAAUGAGAUCAAUGAACUGUACUGUCAGCUGGGGGUAGAUCCCACCCCAGCCCCCCUCCCCACCCAAGCCCAUUCCUCUCCUGACGCCCCUGCCACAGGGACUGACCCCAGCCCUGAACCCAGUCCUGCGGAGAGCACUGCCCUGCCAGGAGAGGGUGAGCACUCUUCCUGUCCACUGUCGUCCUCCAUCCCUUCUUCCUCUUUCACUGCAUGUUCUCGUCCCAAUUCUAAACCUCCCUCUGUGCACUGGCCUGAAGACAUGGUCACCUUCCUCAACCCUUCUCCUCCUCCUCCUCCUCUACCUGCCAAAAAACAGCGCUGUCACAGACAGCAUUUCCGCACCCUAGAAGAAAGGAAGCGGUACGGUAAGGGAGGCGGAGCUCAUUUGAGUGACACUCUUCCUCGGAAGAAGACCCAGACCACCAUAACCCCACAGUUCACCUGUGCCACACUUGGUCGUAACAUACCCUCUAAAUCCCAUCCCCCUUUAGCUCAAAGCUCCAGCUGUGGGAGUGUGUUGAAUCGAGCCCUUGCCAUCUCCCCUAAAGAGACGCACAUGGAUACGCACCGCCUGCACAAGGGCAAAUCUAAGAAAGGGCACAGUCAGCAGCACAUUGGCGAGGAGCACCGAACGCGGUUGAGUGACCUCAGUGGCCACGCAUCCUCACAAACCAACGUCUACCUAGACUCUUUUGGUUACCAAGAUAACGGCCGUGCCUUUGAUACGCUGAGUGUGGACAGCUCAGACAGUAUGGAAACCAGCAUUUCUGCCUGUUCGCCCGACAACGUCUCCAGCGCCAGCACCUCCAAUGUUUCCAAGAUCGAGGAGAUGGAACAUCUUCUCCGGGAGGCUCAGGCAGAGAAGCACCGGCUCUUGGAACACAGGGAGAGAGAGAUGGAGAAUAAGAGCAGGGCUCUUGAAGAGGAGAGGAGACGGCGAGAAGAGCUAGAAAAACGGCUGCAAGAAGAAACCAGCAGGAGGCAGAAACUCAUCGAGAGAGAGGUGAAACUUCGUGAGAAACAGAGAGCACAGUCUCGUCCCCUCACACGCUACCUACCUGUAAGAAAGGACGACUUCGACCUUCGUGGCCACAUCGACUCGGCCGGCCACAACACAGAGACUUGUUACCACGUCUCCAUCACAGAGAAAACCUGCAGGGGCUUCCUCAUUAAGAUGGGCGGCAAAAUCAAAACCUGGAAGAAGCGCUGGUUUGUCUUCGACCGUAACCGCAGGACCCUGAGCUACUAUGCAGAUAAACACGAGGCCAAACUGAAAGGAGUGAUUUAUUUCCAGGCCAUAGAGGAAGUAUAUUACGACCACUUAAAGAGUGCCCACAAGAGUCCAAACCCUUCACUUACGUUCAGUGUGAAGACUCAUGAUCGCAUCUACUACAUGGUGGCGCCCUCUCCAGAAGCUAUGAGAAUAUGGAUGGACGUUAUCGUAACGGGGGCAGAGGGAUACACUCAGUUCAUGAUUUAGAUGUUGUCUGCCAGCAGAGAAGGAAUAAUAUGUGCAGUGUUUGGACUUAAAAACCACUAGACUUGACCUGCACUCUUUCACAUGCUGGUUUCAGUAUUGAAUCCCCCAAACGCUGAACUGAUCUUAUUAUUUUUGUGUUCGUAUCAGUUUUUCAAUCUCAAUCCACAGUAUUGAAGCUUUUCUCUUCGCUGCCUUUAUAUAUAUUUUUUUAUGCAACAUGAGCUUUUGCUUGGCGGCCCAGAAGAUGGAAUGGAACACACAUCCUAUUAUUUUGUGUGUAUGUCGUACGGUAUUUCGUCCGUCUGAUUGUGUGCAGAGAGAAAGAUGUGUUAAAUGAUAUUUAGUGCCAGUGUGCCACGUUGUGUGUGGUCUGUUUGCUACCUUGUGUACAGGGCCUCAGGGACACACACAUUAUAAUAUAAACAGCUGUCAGCUGUUCUGCCAAAGAUUAAAUGCACACUGACCACACGCUAUAGAGUUUAUGUAUAGAUGCGUGUGUUGGUGUUUGCCAGUGCCUUCAGUUCUAUAUUAUACUGAUAUAUGCCUUUAUACUCCACAUUCAGAUUAAUCAAAGGUGCUAUAAGACACGCAUUUGUGGCUAUUUUAACACUACAGUUAUUCGUUACAAAAGUCUCACAACUUCCGAAACACUAAAGCUGCUUGCCGUUCAGGUAUUACACAGGAU